UUAUUAGAGAAUAUGCCCAUGUUAUCUUUUGGUAAUGACAUUGAAGAUAACGCAUGUCGCGGAGCUAUCAAGAUGGGUUUUCCCAGCAGUCUUGGCAAGUGCACGGAUAAUACGCUUAAGCUAUGCGAAAAUGGACAGACAAUCGACAUAUCAAUUAUAACGUCACUUCUGUCGACUCUAGGGUGUACACUUGAGACACUGCUUACCACUGCGCCAGAUGACCUUAUCCGCACGCUAAUGUGUGACAUUGCAAGAGCUCUGGGCGCCCUUUUUGGAAAUUUCUUGGGCACACAGAAACUAAUUCAAAUGCUUGCAGAGGGAACAUGCCCAGCAUCAUAGACUUCGAAAUACCAGGCAGCAUUUUCUUGUCUAUGAAGUGCAUGAACAAAACACGGCAAGAGAAAGUUGCUUCUCAUUAACAUGAUGGUCGCAUCAAUAAAUCAUUGUUUUCAUGAAAA